AUGGCUGGCCAUUGGGUUUGGAGCUGUGCGGAGACACAAAAACUUGCGCUGGGUAUGGUCAUCGCCCUGGACUACUUCAACCUACCACGUGAUCAGGACCCCAGGGCUCCGAGGGCAGAUGGGAAAAAAGUUGCCAUGAGAGCCACUGACUGGGGAGUAGAAUGGACCAAAUUCCUCAACAGGAAGAACGUGAGGCGUUGGAACAACCCUAUUGGUCACGCUCCAAUACCCAACGAUCCGAAAAAGAUCAAUAAAACACACAUAAGAAACGCCCACGUCGUGGACAUGGACCAGGUCUACCGCAGGAUCUGGCACCUCACCAGACCUCGACGACGCCGCACACACAACGCUAUCCCCGGCGCACUUAUAGCCGGCCCCGGCUUUCUCAACUGGGUGAUGUCGGUCCGGACAGCCCAGGGCGCCGGGGGCGGGGCGCUGACUGUCGCGGAGACCACAGAGAUUAUGAACUCGCCCUUGGUGGCGAACUACGUGUAUCCCGCCGGUAUCGGUGCUUUGGCCGCCGACGCACAACUACUGCGGGCUAGACUCCUUCUUCAUAGGCUGCCCGAGUUUCUCUGUCAGCUGGGAAGUGCCACGACCCAGUAUUCAUUUCUUUGA